UUUGGGUGGAGACUGCUGCCCCCGCGACCCGGUAACGGAUAAGCGGAUGAAAAUGGAUGGAUGGAUGGAUAACCGUCAAUAAACAUAUUUAACCAGAAGUUCUGUCUUUGCCUGGACAGGGAAGCCAACACUGCAGCACCAUGUGUGUGUUAUCCACUCUGGUGAGGGGUCUGGUUCGAGGAGCAGACAGGAUGUCCGAGUUCACUAGCAAAUGUGGUUCUAGGACUCACAACAAAGGACAUGGAGUGAGGCCCACUUGGAUUAAACUCUCCAGCAAGUUUGUUGCCAUUGUCUUGUACCGCAUCCCCGAAGGAACAGAGGCUCUGCUGACUACACAGAGUCUGUUCAACAAGGUGGUUGCUCCUCGCAUUAGGGAAGACUUUAAGAGCGGCACCUUUAGCAAAGAAAACCUUGAAAAAUAUGGAUUUGAACCCACACAGGAAGGAAAACUCUUCCUGUGUGGGUUCAGAUUUGUUAAAUAUCUUAAACAAAUAUCCUAAAAACUAUAUUUGUUAAAGAUAUUUUUAACCAGAUUAAGAAAAGAUGCAGGUUCCUAAAGAUGUACCUGUGCUUUUGCGGACAAAAUCUAUUGCAAUGUGAAACAAACCAACUUUAAUUACAUAUUAUUAUUCAACUUAUUUCGCUAUAUGUACUUUUCAAAAUAAAUACUAUAUAUAUAUAUCCAUCCAUCCAUCCAUCUUCAACCGCUUAUC